AAUCAUCAGAAUCUUCCAAAAUAGGAGGAAUAAUUACUGUGUUUCUGAUAACAGUGAUCUUGACAAGUACCAUAAUGACACUGAAACGGAUUGGCUAUAUAUGCUUAAGAAACAACUUCCCCAAAGUCUUGAAUUUUCAUAACUUUUCAGCCUGGCUAUUUCCCGAGCUGCCACCGUCAGAAGCUGUGGAUAGGGUGGAGGUCAUUUCCAUCAACAGAAAGAAGAAAGUGUGGGAUUAUAAUUAUGAUGAUGAAAGUGACAGUGAUACUGAAGCAGCUCCAAGAGCAAGCGCGGGUGGCUAUACCAUGCACGGACUGACAGGCUUGCUUCUGAGUCAGGCCUCUGCCUCCUCGGCUGUCUCUGAAGACUCCCAGAGUGUAGAUCCAGACUUCGAGAAGCCUGACCUGCCAGAGGGUGAGGCUGAGCACCCUGUGAUGCCAGGGCACAACCCCUGGCAAUUGGAACACAUGAAUGGGUCCAAUGAGAGGGGAGCGAGUGCACUCCAAGACCCCUUUCCCGAGGAGGACAUCAGCUCCACUGGGGGGUCAGGUGACAGAAUUGUCUUCAAUGUGGAUUUAAACACUGUGCUUAUGAGGGUUCUCAACAAUAGCGACGACUCAAAAGAAGCCCCUCUGGUGUCAUCUCACCCAGAAGAGACGGUCAACGAGGAGGAUCCCCAUGAAACAGAAACAAGCCUUCUACUGGCCAUUGGGGGAGGCACACAGCCAGCCUACCCAAGCCUCCCUUCAGGGUGCCUGUGGCCUGAGGAGGCUCCAUCUGAUCAAAGUGACACUUCUGAGUCUGAUGUAGACCUUGGGGAUGGUUAUAUCAUGAGAUGACUCCAAAACUACUUAAUGAACUUUGGACUGACUGGUGCCUACAGGAGCCUCUCUCCUUGCACCCUAACUUGCUGCUUUGUGGUCUGCAAGUGUUCUCUGAGGGAAGGAGUAGGAAGCUGUAGCAUUAGCUCAGUUCUUCUUGGUGACAUCAUCUAUGCAAAUUCUCAGUACAGUAAGUCCCCUACAAACAAAC